CUCUUUACCAAAUGAAUUCUCUCUCUCUCUCUCUCUCUCUCUCUCUCUCUCUCUACUGAAUUGCUCAGCCAAUCAUGUGAAUUGUCCCUAUCUAUAGAUACCAUAAUAUGAAUUCCAGACCCACCUCCACAAAUUGAGCUUGUAGGACAAUAAACUUAGUUCCAGGGCUCAUAGAUACGGCCAGAACUAGAUUCCCUUCAUUUCUUCUUCACUCUUAUCCUUUUUCUUUUUCACCACUACUUUCUUAGUUUUGCUUGGUCCUAGAACUACACCUGGCAAGCUUCGCAAUAACCAUUCAUGGAAAAACGAGCAAUAUAACAGUGCCUGAUAUUUUCUCUCUCUCUCUCUCUCUCUCUCUCUCUCUCUGAGAAAUCAACUCUAGAAAACCCAACUCAUGGCCCUCAUGCUCUCCAAGAGCAGCUCAGUAGGCAGUAAGAGCACUGAAAAGAACCUCGAUCCCAAUUAUGAGAAACCCAAUUGCUCAAGUGAUUUACUCGAGGAGUCUCAGUGGGUUCAGUCUCCAUGGAUAAGAAGGUUAAAACCAAGCUUCACGCUCAUUGAUGGCGACUUGGACCCCAUGGCAAUAGUUGGUAGUGGCCAAGACCUGUAUUCUCCCUGUAAUUCCUUUCAAGCCACCAAAAACUUAUCAAAUACUGGUUGUGGAGGAUCAAAGACCAUCUUAGCUCAGAGAACAACUGCAUCAACAAUUGAAUCUCGAGCCCAAUCAGGUGUAGGAUUUGGCCAUCAUUUUAGGGUUUUUCAUAGUUGGCCUGAAAAAGAAAGAGCCCUUUCAAAUGGGGAUUUUGUUACUGAUUUUGGGCCUUUUCAGGUUAGGCCUAGGAACCGCAAUUCAUCGAGACCCAAUGAUCGGCCUUUGUGUUCUUCUGAUCUUUUGAGUCAGCGAAAAUUUCAUGUUUGGGUUAAGAGAUUGGCCGAUCAAGUGAGAGAAAAUCCUGGUUGUCAUGAGAGAAUCCAUGAAGAUGCUGCAGAGCUUGGAAAUGGAGGUCAUGGUGAUGGUUGUGUGGGUGAAGAACCACUGUUUAAUCGGAACAAUUGUGUAAGUGAUGAUAUAAGGAAGGGUAAUUUAGAGAGUAAAAUUCAGGUUAAGUUCUCACCCAGGGUUAAUGAAUCAACUGGUGUUAAGAGACCUAUUUUGGAAUGGGGGCUCUCAGAAAGAGGAAAGGGGAUGGGUUCAGAUUUUUGCUCUAAGAGAAAUGGAAAGCAAGUUGAACAGAGUGGCCUUGUCUGCCAUGGUGUUUCAUCCUUCUUUCAACCUUUAGCUCCGAAAGGCUUGCCUUUUGUAAAGAACUGCAAUAACUCUUUACUCACAAAAAGAAAUGAAAUCUUAGAUUUUCGCUCUAACACUGAAAGAACAGAGAAUUCGAAUUUUGAAAUGGAUCAAAGCACUUUGCGUUCACACCCCACUCCGCAAGAAAAAAUUGUCGGGUUAGGAGGGGCAUGUUUUCUCUCUUCAUCUGAAACCAAUUUUAGUAAGUACAAAAGAGAUGAGUAUCUUUUUCAUCAAGGGGAAUCAAAGUCUUUUCAUCCUCAGCUGAGUUUGUCUCGGAGCUAUGAUCCAUGGCCUAAGAAAGCUUUUGGUGCACAAUGCAUUUCAAGGAGGAAAGGGUAUACAUAUUUUGGAACUCCUUAUGAUUCUUCUUCUUGUCAAAAUUCACGGGGGCGUUGUCUUUCACGUCACCAUAAUGCACUUCCCUUAUCUGAGAGACCAGCUGCUUCAUGUGCGAGCGAGCCAAAAACAAUAUCUCCAAUGCGAAGAAACUCACUGUUUCAUCCUCAAGAUUCAAACACAGUUCCUAACUCCUCAUCUAUGUUCCCUGCUUUCAAUGUUGGUAAAAAAGUAGCCAAAAAAGGAACCCUGAAAUUAAUAGCUUCAUUUCCUCAAAGUUAAGGAAGCUAGGUACUCAAGUUUAGAAAACCAGGGCAUCUGUUCAUAACCAAGUAUAUUUAGAUGUGGAAUACCGUGGUGGGUUAAGUGUGUGUGGAUGAGGGCCUGUUAAUGUUGUGCCAUGGUGGUUUAACAGUUGAUGUGAACUAAUCAUUAGUUCACCUGCGUCAGCUUCCAUUUUAAUCAUCAAUAAAUUGAGUUACUAUAAU